UGCCUGAAAAACUAUAGUCUACAAAUAAGCUCUGAGUCCGUGAAUGCGUGUAGCACCAGAAAUAUGACAUUCCCCAACUCUCAUCUCUCACGUCUUCUUUGAUCUCUCUCCCAAUGGUCUCUGGCCUCCUUACAUCAUGUGUAGCAGACUCUGCACUAUUUCAGACAUAGGCGGCCUGAACUCUGGCUCUGGCUGUACCAUUCAAACACCAGAGGAUAUUUUAUGAAGCAAUCAUGCAAAAGAUUCAUCGAAUUCAUGCACACACAGAACUGAUGCAAAUGUAUUAUACUUAUGUGUUCUGAGUUCUGACCUGAAUACACAAAGAAAUUAUGUCAGCGAACCGAGAUAAAGACUUGGAUGGAUAUUUGCCAGCUAGAGAAGGAUCAACCAUUCUCGAUAAUGCAUCUAUGUCAUGAAGCUUUGUCACUGCCCAUCUGACCAGAAAUUGUUCUCCUUGAGGUCGUAACCUGAGAUUUGAGUUUUAUAAAGUUCAUACCAAGGAAAGGGGACGACAUAGAAAGACAUGUCUGCGUCUUCUUCGUCUGCACUGGGAAGAAAAACGAGCUUGUACGAACCGAACUGUCUGUGUGGUGUGAAAGCUCGACUCUGUACAACCCGGGAAAGCGGACGCCAGUUUUAUGGAUGCCAAAGAUGGAAGGAUGGGUUAGGGUGUGGAUAUUUUCUAUGGAAAGAGGAUGUAGCCGGUUUCCAUGAAGACAAUGGAGCAUACAUGGGUGUUACUGGGAGAUUGGAAGCCUCAAUUCAAGAGCUGAACAGGGUUAUGCUUGUUAUGCAACAUGAUAUACAGAGCAUCAAAAUGGUUCUUGAAACUGAAGCUAAGGAGAAGAUAUUCUGGAAGAGAAUGUGGCAAGGACUUGUGAUAUUUGUGGUUGUAGCAGUUCUUGUUAAGAAAUUGUAAAAGUUUGGAUUUGUGUGCUAAGUAUUGUCUUGUUCUUCUUAAUUUCAGAAUACUCAAUCUAGUUUCUAUCCAUUGUUAGAUGUAGUUUUGUCUUCUGGUUGAAUGAACCAACGAGAGUUAAUGAUUGUUACCCAAUGUAAAACUUUGGAGUUAAUGAAUCAACUCAAUGUACUUGGUCUGGUUCAAUGUAGUUGUUACCUAUAAUUGAAGUUCAAUAAUGUUGUUAAUGAUGAUUGAAGCUUUUUUAUAAUCCACCUUCUUAUUGUGUUGCCUUAUUAUGUAGUUAUGAAUUAUAGAACUUAAGCAGUGUACCUAAAAUGCAAGCCAACGGCCAUACACAACCCAUGUGAAGAAGCAGCUUUACAUAAAGGGUAUGGACCCAAAAGCAAAAACCAAUAAUGCACAAAAGAUUCCCAUGUCACUCAAAAGACCACCCCACCUCAUGUACCUGUCUGCUUCAAAUAACCAAAGACCACCCCACCUUUAAUAGUAUUUCAGGAAACCAAUAAUACACUAUAACCCACAUCCUACCACAAACCAAAAAGCAUAUCCAAGACCCCACAUACUAAACCCAUCAGUACAGAUCCGAACAUAUAAGCCACACCCUACCACAAACCUAUAAUUCAUGUCCAAGACCCCACCUGCCCAACCUAUCAGUUUAAGCAACACCCAACCCACACAACCAAAAAGCAUAUGCAGGACCCCACAUUUGCAAUUACAAACUGAAGUAUAAAGAAGAAGAAUGCAUACUCAGUAAUUCAUAGCAUUUGA